AUGGCGGAUACCUUGGCUAGGGAAACGGAGGCCUUUCGUGCGAUCUUCCCGGCCAGCUGCCCAACGGUUCUGCGUGAUGCUCUCAUCGACAGGCUACUCGCACUUGGUGUGGGUACCGUUGACCUCUCGACCUUGGUCUCAAAGCCAGAUAUGCUGAAGAAUACAAUUGUUGAUGUCCUUUGCCCUAUUGGUGAAAAAGAAACGGCAGAUCAGAGGCAACUCCGUUUGAUUCGUGGUUUGAGGAUCGAAUCAGCUUUACAAGGUGCUGCUAAGGCCUUCUCCAACAAGCACGGCCCUGCCGCUCAAGGUCAACUCGAGUAUAUGGAGCGAAUUUCGAAGCGUUAUGGUGGUGCGGCUUCCCCCGGUUUGGUGGUCGAUCAGGCUACCGUAAAACUGCUGAGUGAGUCUCCUGCUACCUACCGAGAGGUGAAGCUAGGUUCCGAUCGUUCCACAGGAGGCAAGAAGCCAGUAGUGGAUGUCAACGGCAACAUCCAAUGGAUUCCCGACUCGGCCACUGGUGGCCGCAAACCUCGCAAUCUCAGUGAACUGUGGCUCGGCCUUCUCCCCAUCUUACUAUGUAUCGACACUAGUUGCAACGUGAAUGGAGGCCCCUGGGUGCUCCACUAUUUGCAGGAGUUAUGCCGGGUCUCCAUGUUAUAUGCAGAGUCGGCCGCAAUGGUCUAUGAUACCCAGUUCCGUCGGUCUCUGAACGGUAGAGCGUUUGCUCUGGCGGAAAGAGAACGGAUUCCCUUGUCCCAAGCGACGGUACGCUUAUUAGGUGGUGCCAUGGAUCAAGAAGCCCUCAGCAUGGCCAUGGGACCGAGAUCAUUGGUGGAAGACUCUCAAGUCAAGUCCAACUCCUCACAUGUGGUUUCGGGCUCUGGUCCGGCGACAACCCCCAACAAAGAGAGAGCGUCGAAGGCUCCGCCUCCCGGUAUCUGCCCACAUACUCGCAACCAGUGCCCUUUACUGAAGCUUCGCAAGUGUCCCUGGCCGCCGAAGAGCCAUAAAAAGGAUACGAUGGUCGGAAAAGAGUUGCCUCCGACUAAGAAGCAGAGGCCAUGA